AUGGUGUACGGCAUCGAACUACAGUCUGGAAUAUUCUCCUGUGACCGACUUUUCAACCUAAUGUGCAUGUAUGGGCAUGUGGUGGCUAUAAAGCUUGUCACGCGGAUCAAAGACGCAGCAAUUGUGGAAUUUGCACAUUCUAGUUCGGUUAACAUCGCGAUGAAUAUGCUACAGAACGUGGUCCUAUUUGGUUGCACGCUUUCAUUUGAUUAUGGACGGAAUGAUGCCAUAAGAAUGACCACUGACCGAUUUCCGAAUGGAAUGCCUAUGUGCGAACUGUAUACGAAUUGCCCACUGCAGCGAUUUAGCCGAUAUCAAGCAGCCGAAAGUUCUGCAAAAAUUCGCAUCGCUCCACCUUCUUCGAUGCUGUAUUGGUGGGAUGCUCCAACUUACACCACAAGGGAAAUGAUAUACAUGAUGUUCGUCUCGGUUGGGGCAGCCUACCCGUGUAAUAUCUACCCAUUCAAGCCGGGCCCUUCAUCAUCGGUUGGCAUAGUCGAGUUUCCGACUUCGCGACAGGCGGCUGAGGCAUUAAUGCUUGUCAAUCACUUUCCUAUAUUGUUACCCGGAUUUAGAGUAAGUGGUGACUCUUUUUUUAUAUUUAUGUAAAU